GAGCAAGCUGCAAGGUUGCAAUCAUAUGCCUCCUUUGUUAUCUCUCUUCACUCUAUAAUAUUUUCUAUUUUUAGAAAAUGAAUUUUUGUUGUUUCUGUUUCAAAAAGAAGAAGGAGACUGUACCAGAUGGGGCAAAGGAACCAGAAGUCAAGAUCCAGCAGCAAGAUGAAGGCAAACGACCUAUUAACAUAAAAAAAGCAAGUAAACCGCUCAAUGGUGAUGCCAGCAGCUCAAACGGGACAGCAUCGCAAAAUUAUAGUUUCUUGGAGCAGGCAAAAGGUGUCGGGGCGGGUGCUGCUGCGCAGGUGAACGCUAUAGGUGUCGGUGCGGCUGAGAAUGUAAAAGCUAUCGGUAAGGGUGCGUUUAACCUUCUUCCUAACAAUAUAAAAGGGUAUUUUGGAAAGAAGAACGAUAGAAAAGAACCAAGGGCAGUGAAACCGCAACACUGGAAGGAAGAAGAAGAGAUGAGACAAAAGAGGAUCAGGCAGGAGAAGGAGGAAGAGAAUAGGAGGCAACGAGAUUUAGCGGAAGAAAAGAGAAAACAAGAGAAGAUCAGGCAGGAGAAGGAAGAAGAAGAGAGGAGGAAACGAGCUUCGGAAAAUAACUCAGAAGGAACCUCAAUGGUGGCAGGAAUCACAGGAAGUUUGUUGAGCGCCAUAUCCACAGUAACAAAUGCAUCUGCGCAAGCACUAGGAGCCGUACAACGAAGUACAUCCACGCAAGCACAACGAACAGGAGAAACAAGUACAUCAACGCAUACACAAGGAACUUGGCGACCAAGUACAUCAACGCACGCACAAGGAACUUCGCGACCAAGUACAUCUACGCAAAACCCAUAUUCAUCUCAAAGAGGAAACACGACCAGUUGAAAAUAAAGGGGAGAACGGCGGGUAUUCCAGUUUUCAUGAUAAUGUUUCGAGUCCAUGAACUAAAAAAUUCAUCUAUCUACUACAAUAAAGUUUGUGUCCUUAUUUGCUAUUGUAUUUUAUCAAAUGUUGUAUUUCUAUUGUUUUGUGUGCCUUAAGACUUGAUCAUCCAAGUUAUGGUUGUUGAAUGAUAUCCUUGUGUUUGGUUAACUAAAAUCGAGUGUUCUUCAGUUCAAUAAAUAAAUAAAAUAUAUAUCGAGUCUUCUG